AUGACCCAAAAAUUUACGAAAAUCAGAUUUUUCGCUUUUCAACCAAUUUUUCUCAAUAAAACCACUCUAAAAAGGAAAAAUCGAAUUUUCCAGGCUGACUGUGACGAUACAAUGGAACAAAAUGACUUUCGGGUCGUCACAUCCUCCUCGGUCUAUCGAAAAGUGUCCACGACAAUAUCGGGUGGGAUGAUUUCCAGUGCCGGAGGACAGAACGCCUACAGAUACAGAUAUACGUUGGGAGAUGUCUCCUCGACAAAUGUAACAUUGGACGUGAAUGUUGGCACCGGUUGGACGCGAAUACGACUGAAAGAAGUGCCCAAAUUCAUCGUGCACGCCUUCAACAUGAUCUGUAAAUACGGAAUGGACGUCGACGGAAUCUUCAGAAAAGAAGGAAACUCAGCUCGUCUGAAUCGCGCCGAAGUUCAGAAUAUUUACAAAGGAAUCAGCGAAAUUCCCAACGACUACACUGUGAUUGACGUGUGUACAAUGGUGAAGCGGUUUCUGCGCGAUUUGAAACCGACACUUUUGGAUUCCGACGAGUUUCGUGCACGUCUUCUGAAGAAGGCGUGCCAGGCGAGAAUCUCGAAUUGUUUUGUGAUGACGCGAGACGAGAUGGCGGAUAUGUUCUACACGGAUGAUGGCUCUAAAGAGCGACAAGCGCCACUGCUCUCCGAUAUUCACAGCUCCACGUUGGGCUAUGUGAUGCGACAGUUGUAUCGGAUCUCCCUCCACAACGAUCAACACAAAAUGUCCAUUGAAAACCUGGCUGUGGUUCUUGUUGGAAGCGUUUUUGGCGAUGGAAUUCACGAUACCAAGAAGAGCGGUCAAGUGCGACGUGGAUCCAGGGACGAUAUUUUGGCACAGAAGAAACAGGACAUCGAUGUGAACGUAGCGGCGGUGAAGCUCUUGAUUACUAAUGCCAACCUGAUUGGUGUCCGUCGUGAUCCAUACGUCUCCAGUAACGCGAUGCUCCGAAGUUCGAGCGCAAUGCCACGUUGCAUGUCUAGUGGCUAUGAAACUGGCUCAUCUGACGCCGAUUGCUUAUCAACAAAAACGUCAUCAACACUGAAGAGUGGGCAAGAACCAGGACCCGGUCCAUCUUCCCACAUUUAUCGUCGUGACUCGGAAGCUGCUCAUAAAAUAGUGACCGCCCGGAAGAAGGGUGAAAAUAGUUCGAAGAAGAAGAGAUCCGCGUCGUUCCUGCCGAGUUUCCGGGACAUACGGCAUAGGUUGACGAAUAUGAAACGGGCUAAGAGUCCUAGUCCAGAACGUCUUCAGACUGGACAUUCUGAUGUGGAGCCCAAGUUCACUGAUGAGUCGAACACAGCGUCCACGGCGUCUGGACGGCAAUCCAGAAGCCAGCAGUCGCGACGUGGCAACACAAAUGCCGCACCACGGCUUGUCAAUAACCCAUCAAAACCGACCAUCGCCAAAAUGUUCGACUCGGAUUUGACGAUUCCGAGCAGCAGAGCACUUCGAAGACUAUCGGCUAGCGAUCAGAAUUCAGGAUACGCCAAGCAUCGGCUGUCGAACGAGCAAAUGAGUGUAACCGAGUUUUUGAUGUCCGAGCAUGAAAAGGAGCUUUCGAGCGCUGCUCCAGCGCUCAUAAACUCAAAAAUCCGGAAACGAAAUACAAUGGUUUUGGGAGAGAAUUCGAAAUCUAUAGCAAAACACACAAACCGACGCCAUACCGCCCCCAUCCAUAAUAAUCGGCCACGUCGGAACCGACCGAAUACCGUUGGCACCGGUCUGCCUCAUCGGAAAGACUCGAACAAUGGAUCAUCGAUGGAGGAGAAGGAGAAUCAAGGCGACGUUGAGACAGAUGACACGCUGGAAGGCGUGGAUCGCUCUCAAUGGCUUCUGGAGCAGAAGGCGUUGGAAGCGAGAUCAAGACGGGCGGGACGGAAGCCGAAGCGACCGAAGAGUACUGAGAGAUCGAUGGCGGUGGAGUCGACAAUGUCGAAGACGGUGGAAAUAAGUUCAGUUAAUGAAGAGAAGACAACGAUAGUGAUGAGGAAAGAUCUAGAAGAGGUGAAGAGCAAACAGUUCUGUGAUAUGGCCACAUCCCCAAUGGUUAUGGAUACCCCAAAGGUAGGGUUUUUUAGAAGAAGUUUGCAGAAGCCGUAUUCUCUUUUCUUACAGACCUCUUCCCAUGAAAACGGCCACGUAUGGGUUGGCACGAAGCAAGUGGUCAAUGUGACACCCACUCCGUCGAUUGCCCGACGUCAGAGUCGUGCUAGACUAUCCUACUCGAAGGCCACGGAGUCUCCACUAGAUAUGCCUGCAUCAAGAAGAGAGUCGAGCCCAUUGAUGUCUCCCAUAUUGAAAAAUGUUACGAUAACUAACAACUCUCCGCCGUCUCAAGUGGUGACGUCUUCCUCGCCAAGACUCACCGCAAAAUCCCACGUUCUCUCCCCUCUGGUCCUUCGGAUGGAACAUCUCUCAACACCGACACCCCCACCUAUUCCAUCCCAUUCUCCACCGUACCUCACUCCAGCUCGUGAACCUGUCGCAGAGAUGAAGAGAAUCACAAUCUCUGGCGUCCAACCUCGGCGACCACCGACACCUCCAUCCCACCCCAAAAUGUCGAAUCCGUUCUCACCGAAACUUCCGAUUCGAUCCGUAACCAUUGAUAAUGGAUUUGAGCUUCCGUCAACGGCAAAGGCUCCAGAAUUUAAGCCAGAAAGUGGACCGAACCUCUUCAAACUCCCCCAGUUGCCACGGAAAAUGACAAGCCCAUUAGCAGCAUCCCAACGGCAACAACACUCAAAGUCUACCCUGUCCGUGAGGAGUCGUCCGAAUCUUCGAGAAUCGAAGAGUAUCGACCAGGACGCACUUCCGCUGCGAUCGGCGCCACUUCACGGAUCCGGUCAGUUGUCACCGAGAAGUGCCGAGUAUUUCGAGUUCGGAAAGUAUACGAACGCAUUGAGAACCGCCACUGAUGAGUUUGCCUUGCCAAAUAGAAAGCUGUCAGUUGAGCCGCGCCCAUCGGUAGCAAUUAUUCGAAGUAAUAACUGCGGAUUGGUUAGAUCGCGAGUCCAUCAUUUUCAGGAAAUCGAACAGCUCCAACGCAUCGACUCCUCGAUGAGCGGCCGUCUAUCAGCACUGUCGCAGACAUCGCUCCGAAGCAGUGACACGCAUCCAUCGUCGUCGGAUCGAUUCUCCGAUGUCUCCGAUCUUCGACAUAAUCUGACGUCAUCUGAGUCGAACCGAUCGCUGGAGUCCACACCGUCGACACCUACAGCCACAGCUGCCACGUCACGAGUCGAUUCUUCUCACCAUUUCUAA